AUGCCUCUGUACAAUACAAAACCUGUUUUCUUAAUCCUUAUUCCACUCCUCAUGCUGCAUCGCAAUUCAAAUUCAUCAUUCAAAUUCCCAAAUGCUUUUGGUCCAUAUAGAAACGACAUCAUCACCUACCAAGGUGAUGCCGUUGAAUCUAAUGGCACCAUUCAACUUACUAAUAUAGAAAACGAUACAAACAUGCCUUAUAGUGCGGGCAGAGCCUCUUAUAUUCUUCCAAUACGCCUUUGGGACCCCAAAAUCGGUCUUGCGAAUUUUACAACCACAUUCUCUUUUCUUGUUACAUCGAAUGAACAAAGUCCUGGUGUUGGAGUUUCAUUUUUCAUUGCACCAUAUCACUCGAAGAUAUCAGAAUCUUCGAGUGAUGGGUAUCUUGGUCUUGUGAGUCCCGAGACUGUUUUUAAUACCUUUCAAAAUCAAAUUGUUGCAGUUGAAUUCGACACCUUUCAAAAUGAGCUGGACCAUACAGUUGCGCAUGUGGGUAUUUAUGUAAAUUCAAGUAGUUCGGUAACAAUGGUAAAAUGGGGAAUUGACAACGUUGUGAACUUUUUAACACCGGUGGUUGCUACCGUUAGUUACGAGGCACUUUCACACCAGUUAAAUGUAGAUUUAAGUUCCUUGAAUGGAACUAAAAUUAGCCUCUCUCAUGAAAUUGAUUUGAGGGAAGUUCUGCCCGACGGGGUUAGCGUUGGGUUCUCUGGAGUCACGGGACGAAUGGUUGAAACACUCGAGAUUCUUUCUUGGACUUUCAGCUCUAACUUGUAUUAG